CCAGGGUUAGCGAAUUCGCCUUAAAAAUGCAAUUCAAUGAAGGAGAAUAUCUCGAUUUUCUCUUCUUAAUUUAAAUUCUACACCAAGGAAUAUCACACAAUUUCCCAUAAAUUAUCUCUUGUUUAAUUAAAACAAACAAACAAACUAAUAUUAACAUUGGACAUUGAACAGUGAUUGACCAACGCGUACUUUAAUUAUUCAGCACACGUAUACACAGUGAAUUAGAAUUCUUUUAGCAGGAAAAGGAAGAAUAUAUUUAUAUAUAAGCAUAUACAGCAACAAUGGCCUACUCUGGUUAUUCAACAGACAAUUCAGAUACUACUGAUCAAAAUAAUUCACCAUCACAAGAUGAAAAGACCAAGUCAAAGACAAAACCUAAACGUCGUAAUAAUAAUCGUAAACGAUUCGCUAGAAUGCGUAAAUCAUGGAGAUUUAUGAAAAUGCGAAAAUUAUGGGAAAGAGAUAUGUCUAAACAAAGAAGAAUAUCAGCACCAUUAAUGUCUAUCAAAGCAAACAAUAAACAGUAA